AUGUCUUUUAGCCGGUUGCACUUUUUCCGUCGGGGCGGUUGUUGGAAGAGCCACCGGUGCCGGGACCCGCCCCCGUUCCAGCCGCGCCACGUCUGGUGCUGCGGGGUCGACUUUGAGGUCAAAGCAUUUGCCAGAGACAGCGCAGAGGAAAAAGCGGACAAAGUGCCCAGGAAGAGCUCCGUGCGUUUACUGAUCCGGAAAGUACAACACGCGCCAACGAAGAUGGGUCCCCAGCCCCGAGCUGACACCGCCUGGCAGUUCUUCAUGUCUGACAAGCCCUUGCACCUGGCUGUCUCCCUCAACAAAGAGAUCUAUUUCCAUGGGGAGCCCAUUUUGGUGACCAUUACCGUGACCAAUAACACAGAGAAGACAGUGAAGAAGAUUAAAGCAUUAGUAGAACAAGUGGCCAACGUGGUUCUCUACUCGAGUGACUAUUACACCAAGCCGGUGGCCCAGGAGGAAACACAAGAAAAAGUGCCACCAAACAGCACUCUGACCACGACGCUCACGCUGGUGCCCUUGUUGGCCAACAACCGUGAAAGACGGGGCAUCGCCCUGGAUGGGAAGAUCAAGCAUGAGGACACGAACCUUGCCUCCAGCACCAUAAUAAAGGAGGGCAUAGACCGGACUGUCUUGGGCAUCCUGGUGUCUUACCAAAUCAAAGUGAAGCUCACGGUGUCAGGCUUUCUGGGAGAGCUCACCUCCAGUGAAGUGGCCACUGAGGUGCCUUUCCGCCUCAUGCACCCCCAGCCCGAGGACCCAGCAAAGGAAAGUUUUCAGAAUGAAAAUUUGGUUUUCGAGGAGUUUGCUCGCCAAAAUCUGAAAGACUCAGGAGACCCCGAGGAAGGGAAGAAAGACCAGGAGGCCGGGGAUGAGUGA